AUGCCUGAAAGCAAAGUUGAUACUACGCCUCCAAAUUACUUGCAAAUUAAUCAAGGAAAUAACGAACUUAUACAACCAAAUAUAAGUUCUAUUAGUUCCGAACCUAAUAUGUCACACGAUGAUUCAUUGUUAGGUGUAUUUUAUGGUAUUGGUAUGAAUGUGGACUUAUUAGUAAUGACAGGAACGUUAACUUACGUUGAACUUGGAGCUAUGCAUAAAAUAAGUGGUGGAGAGACGAAAUAUUUACAGACUGCUUAUCCAAAACCGAAACUUAUGAUGAGCUACCUUUUCAGCCUAAUGUUUAUUUUUGCAAUACAACCAGGAAUUAUAAGUGCUGUCUUACAAUCCGCAGCACUGUAUUUUUGGUAUACCAUUACGGGAUCUCAAUACGUUAAAGAUCCUGCAACUUUAAAUUUUCUCCGAUGUGCAAUAAUAGGAAUUGUUAAAUUGAUUAUAAAUUGGGAGACAAGUCGCAGUAAUUGGCAUGAACCAUUAAAAGUAGAUACAGGAAUCAUAGAAUACUCUCAUUCGAUUUUGUUGAUUAUGUUCGCCUAUCAUGGCUGGAAUAACUUGAAUUAUCUUCUCGUAAAUAUUGCAUAUACUGUAUCUCUGUUUUACCAAAAGGAGAAUGGAAUUAUAACAAUACAAAUGAAAACUAUAGCAGUAUCAUUCUUUAAAAAUUUAUUUAAAAGCGAUGUAGUUGUUAGAAUGUUCACUUUGCUUAUUGCACUCUUUGUAAUUGGAACUGCUGCGGCUUUGGUAUGGAGUGGAUCAAGAAUUAUUCUUGCAGCAGCAAGAUCAAACUUUUUUCCAGUAUAUUCGGAUCAAUUAAGAACAUGGCAUGAAGAUUAUAAUACACCAGUUAAUGCACUUCUAGUGCAAUUUAUUUGGUGUUCACUAAUUAUAUUAUUUGUUGGUGAGAAUAAAACAAUCACGAGUCGUGAAUCAUUUAAAAUGUUUGCAAUUUAUAGUCUUUUGGUUUUUUAUUUGGCUACUGGUGUAGGAUUAGUGGUGUUACGAUAUAAAAGGCCCGAGGAACAUCGUCCCUUUAAAGUUUGGUUACCCAUAACAGGAUUAUUUAUAUUGGCAGGAAUAUUUAUACUAUUAUCUCCAUUAAUAGUUGAAUGUUCAGAUAAAAGAAAUUGUAUAAAUAUAGAAAGAAAUCCUAUAUACUUGAGUUACGGAUUUCUUUUCAUUGCUUUGAUGUCAUGGUGUUUGAAGAAAAAGCAACAAGCUGAUAUCGACACGACUGAAUUUUACACAUCUUCCUAA